AUGGAGCAGGUUCACAACGGCGGCGUCCCGCAGGCGCGCUUCCCUAACUGGAGCCACGCCCGGGUCCGCCAUCUCGCUAGCACGACCUACGCCAUGGUCACCGUUGGCCUCCUCCUCGCAUGGACUCUGUUCAUGCUCUCGUCCUUUUCCGGCAUCAUCGCCACUGAUCUCUGCCUUCUCUCCGUCCGCGAGUCGGCCAUUGGUGGCACCAGCCUCUGUUUCGGCACCCUUGGGUACGCGCAGCGCAUCGUGCACGACCCCAUUCGCCCCAACACAGAUGAGCUCAUCCGCACCGUCGAGGAUAUCGGGUACAACGUCACCCACGCUGUGUGGGAGUCCUACGGCGUCGCCAUCAAUGACAAGUGGGCUCUGCAUACCCGUGGCCUUGUCAUGUCGCCCGUCGCGGCCGGCGCUAUGGCUUUCGACUUUGCCUGCCAUCUUGGCCAUCACCCGGUUGGCUCUCACGCCCUUGCAAUCCUUAUAACCUUAAUCACGGUGGUUACCGAAUGGAUCGUCUUCGACGGGGUCCGCAUUGACAUCAAGACCAACGCUCCCGGACUGGAAGUCUCGGCUCUUGGUCUCGUCCUCAAGCUCCAGCUCGCCGCCUUCAUCAUGAUGUUCCUCGGCAUGCCUCUUGUCUGGCUCAGCAAGGAGCUCCACUUUGAACUCCUCCUUCGCAACGAUGAGCUUAUUGCCAACAUGCCUGUCGGCUUGGAGGUCGCUCCGGACGGUGGUAAUACUGGUGGCACUGCUCACGGCGAUCGUUUUGCUGACGUGGCCCCCUCCGACGGCCGCAUCGAGAUGCCUCGCUGCCGCACCCCUCCUCCGCCCCUCGGAGCUCCCCGCGCCUCGCCGUCCGAUACCUCGUCGCGUUCUCGCUCUCCGUCGCCCCCUCGUACUCCCUCUGCUCAGAUCCGCCGUGGCCGUCGCACCUGA